AUGCUUCCCGGGGUGGGCGUGUUCGGCACCAGCCUCACCGCCCGAGUCAUCAUCCCGCUGCUGAAAGAUGAGGGCUUCGCGGUGAAGGCGCUGUGGGGCCGCACGCAGGAAGAAGCCGAGGAGCUGGCCAAGGAGAUGAGCGUUCCCUUCUACACUAGCCGCAUCGACGAGGUGCUGCUGCACCAGGAUGUGGACUUGGUGUGCAUCAACCUGCCGCCGCCGCUCACUAGGCAGAUCGCUGUCAAAACCCUGGGCAUCGGCAAGAAUGUCAUCUGUGACCGCACCGCCACACCGCUGGACGCCUUCCGCAUGAUGUCAGCUGCCCACUACUACCCCAAGCUCAUGAGCAUCAUGGGCAACGUGCUGCGCUUCCUGCCAGCCUUCGUACGCAUGAAGCAGCUGAUCGAGGAGGGCUACGUGGGGGAACUGCUGGUGUGCGAGGUGCAGGUGCACAGCGGUAGUCUGCUGGGCAAGAAGUACAACUGGAGCUGCGACGACCUGAUGGGUGGUGGCGGCCUGCACUCCGUGGGCACCUACAUCAUCGAUUUGCUCACCUUCCUCACGGGCCAGAAGGCUGUCAAGGUCCACGGGCUGCUCAAGACCUUUGUCAAGCAGACGGACCACAUCAAGGGCAUCCGUCAGAUCACCAGCGAUGACUUCUGCACCUUCCAGAUGGUACUGGAGGGUGGAGUGUGCUGCACCGUUACCCUGAACUUCAACGUGCCUGGAGAGUUCAAGCAGGAUGUGACCGUGGUGGGCUCUGCUGGGCGGCUCCUGGCAGUGGGCACCGACCUCUAUGGGCAGCGCAAUAGCGCCCCAGAGCAGGAGCUGCUGCUUCAGGACACUACAUCCGUGAGCAACUCCCUGCUGCCUGAGAAGGCAUUCAGUGACAUCCCUUCGCCCUACCUGCGGGGCACUAUGAAGAUGAUGCAGGCAGUGCGUCAGGCCUUUCAGGAUCAAGAUGACCGGCGCACGUGGGACGGACGGCCUCUUACCAUGGCUGCCACCUUCGACGACUGCCUGUAUGCUCUUUGCGUGGUAGAUACCAUCAAGAGGUCCAGCCAGACUGGAGAGUGGCAGAACAUUGCUAUCAUGACUGAGGAGCCAGAGCUGAGCCCCGCCUACCUGAUCAGUGAGGCCAUGCGCAGAAGCAGGAUGUCCCUUUACUGUUAGCACAUUGGGACCUGGUGAACUCGACCUGCUGCGUGGGACCAGUUAGGUGGAAAUGCACUGUGGAACGGUGGCCGUGGGUGGGGAUUAUGGAAGGGGCAGCACGAAUUCACAAAACGUAAGGUGGUCCCCAUCCCAAGUAGAAGGCCCGAGUCAAAGGUGGUGGUGGGCCGAUGUCAUAUUCAGAAGGUUGUGCCAUCUUAAUUGGGUAUCUGAUGAGAGGAAGAAAGUUUAACUAGCACCUUUGCAGUCCAUUACUGUGAGAAGCAAGGAGGGGCUGUCCCCUGCCCUACCUCAUCCAUCCACAGACCUUGGCCUUCUUUGCAAGCCAAGGCUACGUAUCAGAUGACAAGUUCAGCCAGAGCUAGGCUCUCUGUCAGCGCCCCCCACUGGCAGGAGAGGACACUUUAAAUGCCUACAUAGGGUUUUUUGUUUUGUUUUGGUGGAGGGAGGUAGAGGAGGUGGUGGGGCUUUUGAGAAAGUUGUAAUUCCG